GCUGUUCGACGUAAACAUUACCACUCCGUGCGCGCGCGUGUUGGGGGGUAUUUAAACGUGAAACUUUUUUUAUUUCCUUUCUUCUUUAAUCUUCCGAACCAGUUCCUGAUGGCAGAAACCGCGCCCGCGCCGGCGGCCUCCACGGCCAAGACGCCGAAAAAAAAAUCCGCCUCCAAGGCGAAGAAGUCCGGCCCGAGCGUGUCCGAUCUGAUCCUGAAAGCCGUGUCGGCGUCCAGCGAGCGCAAAGGCGUGUCCCUGGCGGCGCUGAAGAAGGCGCUCGCGGGCGGCGGUUACGACGUCGAGAAGAACAACUCGCGCGUUAAGCUCGCGCUCAAGGCGCUCGUCAAGAAGGGCGCGCUCGUGCAGACCAAAGGGACCGGCGCGUCCGGCUCGUUCAAAGUCAGCAAAGGAGCGGUGACGCCGAAGAAACCCGUCAAGAAGCCCGAGGUUAAAGCCAGGAAACCCGCGGCGAAGAAAACGCCGGAGAAAAAGGUCAAGCCGAAGAAGUCACCGGCCAAGAAGCCCGCGGCCAAGAAAGCGCCUAAGAAAGUAAAGAAACCUGCGGCAGCUGCGGCUAAAAAGGCCACCAAGAGCCCGAAGAAGGCGAAGAAACCUGCACCUAAGAAAGUGACCAAGAGCCCGAGCAAGAAGGUGAAACCCGGGAAGCCUAAAGCGGCCAAACCAAAAGCCAAGGCGAAGAAGGCGGCAGGGAAGAAGAAGUAAAGAGACUCUUCAUCAUCACGCCGAGAAUCCAACCAUCAAUAACGCUCUCACAGGGCUGAGGGGGGAGGGAGGGAGGGGGGUUACGGACUGAGCAUGCGCAUAAGGGAUCCGAACAUAUGAUGUGUUUAGAGACUUGAAACACCAGCGAACCUGAUCAACAAUCAAGUCUCCAUCCGGGUUUUCCACAGGGAAUAAUUUCACUUUUCACAUCAAAUCUGGUUUGUGUAUAUUUCAUUUUUUUUUUUUUUAGGAUACAUAAAUGUCUUUCAUUUGUACCGAUAUAAAUUUGUUCUACCAAAAUCCCAUUUUGUAUACUUGUAAUUUCCGACAAAUAUAAUUGUAACGUUGUAUUUUGUCUGCUCCGUCCAACUUCCGCUUAAAAAAAAAAAAGUUUGCAAGCGGAACUGACGUCACUGCGACCUAACUCCCAAUGGAAAUAAUUGAAUGGAAACCUAGCUAUUAUUAAGUGAACUCUAAAAAAAACAAAACAAACAAACACAACACACGAUCACUACCUCUGCACAACCUGAUACACAACACACACCGAUCCGAUUACGGCUUUGUGCAGCUUUUUUUCGAUUCCUAAAGCAAGCCGAGAAACACACACAAACACACACACACACACACACACCAGUCCUCACACUAAAACUCCAAAACACAUCACAUAUAUAAAAUGUUUGAAUCCCCUCACUGUCAUUUUAUUAUUAUUAUUCGUGUGUUCAAAUGUUAUUCCCAUUCAGUUCCUCUCUGUAAAUAUAAACCUACUGAUUGAAACUUUCUGUAAAUAUCCAGAACAAAGAUGUUAAUUUAUUUAUUUGUGUAACAAUAACAGCUUUUCUGUAGUCGUAGUUGUAGAACAUGCCUCUCUUUCCUUUUUUUUUUUUUUUAAAUCUUUAUGCAUUUAUGUAAAAAAACAAAACAUUUUAAUAAAAAACAGUUCAAAUAAAAA